AUGCCGCCGGCUUCCGAGCUGCACGAGCCGUACGAGAGGUAUCUGUACGCGGACCUGCGCCACGAGUUGUCCGUGCGCCACAUACGUGUUCCUCGUUCCGGACAGUGCCUAAAUACUCGCGUGGGCUUCAUUCACCUCCUGCGCGACUGGGACCAGGCGCAAACGCAGACCCCCGAGACUCCAAGGCGGACAUCACCUCGACGGACUCAGAACAAGCACCAGACUCAGAUGGCCUCUACUCGUGUCAGUCGAGCGCGUCGUGGCUGCCGCUUCCGCCUCAUCAACGUACUGCUGAGCCCAGAAUUCAAGCGGCGCUGGAACGAAAUGAUCUCACGCGGCGGCAAGAUGGAGGUGAACCGUCUCUGGAUGGACGUCCACGCCGCCUUCAUGGCGCAGAACUCUGCGCUGGAUGGAUUGCACUUCCAGGACGCCCUUUUCGUCAACGUCACGCCCAAUGUUAUCCUCGGACACUCGGCCGCGCGACUGCUGCAGAUGUGGAUCGAGAUAGUCAUCAUGUACCGCAACGCCGUGGCUCAAGCCAAAGAGGCGGCAUCUCACAACGACAACGCUCACUCGUUCUUUGAUUUUUGCGCUGGGAGAUUGGACCUGCUGUAUCUGCACAUGGCCAUGCUGCUGGAGCCCAAGCUUUACGACUUUGUCAUGUCAGACAAACUCUCUAAUGCGGAGCCUUUUAGCAAAAUUAAGACUAAGCCCAAGGCAGUGGUGAAUGCUACUGAAGCUAUACAAGCAAAAACUGCCGAUAGUAAGCCAGGGGCAGCGAUUAAGGCGGCGGCAGCGAAGGCUAUAUCUACGGCUCCAGUUUCUACCGCCAAGGAGGCCGUGGCUUCUACACCUGCUCCGAGCAAAGCAGCGGUGGCGAAUCCCCUUACUCAGUUGAAAUCGUCCGGAGUGCUCACACAGAAUCCGGAGAUGAAAGAACCUCUCUCGCCCGCCAUGGCUAAGAGAUCCGUAACAACGAAGACGGCUGCAGCCAAAGUCAACAAGUUAACUAUUAAAGCUAAAAGCAAGCAGGCAAAGCCAGAAGGAAACUCACCGCAAAGGCCAUCCGCCGUGAAGAAGGCUCAGAAAACUGGAGGUAAAGGUAAGACCCCGGCCACUUCUGCCCCAUUAGCUCAAGGAUCAACGCCGAAGGCGUCGAUUAUUGUUGAUUUCGGUAAGGAAACAAAGCCGAAGGCGUCGCCGCCGAUGGAGAAACAACCAGCAUCGCUCGCUAAGCCGGAAGCGGCAACCAAGCCUGCCCUCAAGAAGUCAUCGAUUGGUGAUAAAGCAGUGCAGACACAAUCACUCGGAAAGAGACCACGUGAACAAGGGAACACUUCGAUAGUUGAGGUUCCAGUCGUGAGCGAUAUCAUUUCUCACUCUGGUAAUAAACGAGUGCACACGACAACAACGACGAUCUCGACAGCUCUAGCAACUCGUCCGACCGACAUGAUGUUGCCUCCUGAUGAGUGGGAUAUCCUAGAGAGCCGACUGCGAAAAGUGAAUGAGAACAUUGAUCGGUGUCACCGUGGGCUAUCAAGUGUCGAGGGGAACGUCAGUGAUAGCUACAAACAAUCUUUGGAGGCAGAUCUGCGUUUCUACUUCGCUAUCAAGCAACGGCUGCAGGAGCAGCUUCUAGUGGUGAUGCAGAGUGGCUACUAA